CCCAGAAGAAUUAUAUCCGGAAUAUACAACUAAGCUAACUCUAGCCCAUUCUCGGUCUAGGGUUCAAAGCCAUGACUAAAUCCAAAAAUGAAAACCUAGGUAUUCUUGGAACUCAUUGGACGGAAAAUAGAGAAGAAUGAAGAGAGGAGACGAGGCCUAACAUGUUUGGAAAGAAGAGCUUGGUGCAGAGAAUCAAACACGAACAUGCCUCCUCUAGAAAACUUAAAAACCAACAUGCAAUAGCGGGAGAGGAAAUAAACCGAUGCCACACGUGGAAGCUUGCUGGUGGACUGCGAGGCUGACAUUAAGUGACUCAGAUCAAUACUGCAUUGACAUCGCCGCCACACAUGUGCAUUGAUAUUGACAUGCCAUCAAGUCAGUUUCUUAAAUAUCAAAUGUCAAUAUUAGUGAUGGGAUGGAUAUUUAAUAGCCGCUGUUCCCACACAAUUCAGAUUUCAACUACCACAUACUUUAAGUCUAGCAUCAAUUAUUCUGGCAACAUUAUGAAUUCUCUAAGUGUUGUGACACAGUUGAGGGCAACUCCUCGUCACCCAGGUUCAACUCUAAUCCCUUUUUCCUCUAAUUUUACAUUACAAGCUCAAAAGGAUUGUGGGACUAGUAUGUAGAGGACAUGGAAGCAUUUAUGAUGUUCGAGAUGAAUCGCACUUCGGCUCGAAAAUCAUGAAUUCAACAAAAUAAAAGAAUCACCAUCUCAAAAAAUCACCAUCUCGAGCUCUGCAAUAGAGCAACACAUAAACAUAUCAAUAGCUUCGGCCACCCGUGGCUCGACUGAAUAAUAUCCUAACUCAAAUUUGGGAAUUAAAGACAUCAACCGCAACGCCAUCCCGAGCCGCAAGCUUCGGCCCUAGCCUCAAAAGGAACAAAUUAGCAACAUGAUCUCUACCAAAGGAUACUGCACCAGCUUAUAAUCUCACACCUCAGCUCGGAAAGGGGUUACACUUGGUUCUAUACCUGCUUCAGAUGGUGUAUCCUUUUAUCCGGCAGAAUUUUUCCCACAAGUUUUUUCCUAAAGAAGUUUUUAAUGAGGCAUCAUUCCGUCGUGGGCAAGGGCUAAGGCAUUCUCCAACCUGCAUGGAGUACGAUACUCAGAGGACUCAGUCAGAUGUAGAGUGGAAGAGCCCAGACUAUUCCCUAUCACCUCAAAGAUUUUUUGCCUCAGGGAGUGUAAGACUCACAAUGGAGUAUAUUGCCAUUGUUGGUAGAAAAUAAGGUGAGUAGAGAAUCCAGUAGCAAUUCGAUAUAGUACAAAAGUAACCUCCUAAUACAAGGAAUGGACGGCCUAUUUAUAGGCGCUCACAAUAGGCUUGAGCCUUAAGGCUAAUGGGCCUGGCCCAGUUAAACAACUAACUCUUCCCCGUUGGGCCAGCUGGCCCAACAGUUAAAUAAUGAAUAAUCUGAAGAUCCAUCUUCUUUGGUGGGGCCGUGUUUUGGGCUUGGUUAGGCCCAAACCCAGAUAUAGUGGGCCAAUAGUAUUGGAACCGACCCAUUAUCCCAACACGAGUCCCCCACUCCCUUAGUCGAGUAGUAGAGUCGACUAAAGGGGAGUAGUUGAGCUGCUCUGAAGCCGGUCCGGCUAUCAGGUUGGUUGGCUAGUUGCACAUUUGUGUACAGCCCCACUGCUUGUAAAAAUGAGAUUUGUCUUGUCUGGAUAACAGUUCGGGGCCUUGACUGUUCGAUUAGUAACUCGGGGUUAUCAUCAUUCUGGAUGGGGAGACAUCUUUUCGUGUUCUCCAUGAAGGGGUGCCUCUGAACAAAAACUAGGAAGGUUAUUCUCCCCGGACCUAGUGUAAACGGCCUAGGUCAGCUCCAUUCCAAUUUAAUCCCUAAAUAGCCCGAAGCUAUUCCCAAUUAAUAAUUCUCAUUAUUAUUAUUUAUUAUAUUUUUUCUUAAAUCUCAAACAGGCCGCACCCCAAACCUAACUUACUGCCGCACGCAUAAACACCCUUAUUCGUCCACGUUUCAGCCAUGCACUACUCAUACCAACAAGAUGCAUCUCCUUUUAAGGGAGCUCAUCACCAAGAAAUUCAAAGUUAAGCGUGCUUGGACGGGAGUACUUUUAGGAUGGGUGACCCCCCUGGGAAGUUUCUCAGUGCGCGCACGAGUGAGGACAAAGUGCGCGAGAAAGUCUAGUGGCGGUUUGUGAGGACAGUACUAGAAGUCAGAAGUAACUACCUCUGGCCUACGGGGCCGGGGUGUUACAGGUUCACAUUCCAUCCAUGGCACGGGGCAUGCAAGUGCCGUUAUGUCAUUUUCUGGUGAAACUCCUUACUCAUAUCGGGAUAUCGGCAAGCUAGAUGACCCCAUCUGCGUACAUGUUCACGGCCCCUUUCGUUGCUCGCUGUAAGAAGGUUGCUAUUCGGCCAUCCAUACUCCUGUUUCGCGCUUGUUUUAGGUGGAGUCAUCCUGGCAAUAAAACAAAGGAUAGCAGGUUUGUGUCACUUUGUCAAUCAUCACGUCGUAAGCUCUUUGACCAGUACCCAUAUACAAUCAGGAAGUGGCAGAAUAAGUGGGUGUGGGCGUCUGCUCCCAUCUAGUCCCCGGUCACGUUCGCUUGGGGUGUAUUGGUGCGUGAGUAUAAACCCGUUUCUCCCACCCCGAAUCUUGAGGAGGAGAUCGAAACCUUGCUUCAAAGGGCCCCUUUCACGAUUUACUCGUAUAUAGGUAAUUUCUCCCUCCGAACAGGUCUCGUAUAUUACAUAUUAUUGUUCCUUACUUUGUUAAUUUACUGCAGAUUCAACCGGAAACCGGGAUGAGGUCGCUGCCCCGACGGCGCCACUAGAGACCACACUUCCAUCUUCAGCGCCUAGCGCAAAUACGGGUCCGCUCGAAUUUAGGGAGAAGCGCCGGGCUUCCCCUCCUCGUCACGAGCAGGCCGCCAAGAACAACAAAGGUAUGUCGGGUGGGACUCCCUUAGUUUUGGUGCAGAACGUUGCAUUCUAGCCCUCAGUGCCUGGUGCGAAUGAGUCUGACCGAUGCCAACAUGUUCGAGGAGAUCAACGUCGGGAAGAGACAUGGCGCUGCCCCGCCUCACGAGAAUCCAGUUGUGAAGAAGAAGAAAGAGGUCGCAGAUAUGCGGGGCACUCUUGCUUCCUUGGCCGAUGAGGAAGAUGCCAAGUCUCGGCCCUCGAAAUCCAAGGCAAUCCCAUUCAUUGCGAGGAGGCAACAUAGAGCUCCUUCCAUUGAUUAUCCGGAACCCACUACUAGCAUUCCAUCGAUCUCGGAUGUGGAAUGGGCAUUAGGCAUAGUUCCAUCUUUGAUUUCAAGGAUUAUCUGAUAUCUUCCAAUCUCUAUAACUUGGUGGCGCGCUCUAUCGAAUCCCACACCGCGGGGCUAAUGGAUAUCAUUACUGCAUUUCAAGCGAUGGAUCCCCAGCGCGAGGGGCUCCUACACCGAGUUGGCAAGGCUCAGCGUCAGUCGGUUCAGGCUCAGCGUCAGGCAGACGAAGCAGAGGCUACCCUGUACGUGCUUCAAUUGAAGUAUGGCCUACUACAGUCAAAGUAUGAUCAACUAGAGGCACUGUCUACGGAUGUGGGACGUCAGGCAGUCGCGGCAUUCCAAGCUUCCCCGGAGUUCUUAGAGAUUAUCACUUCUAGAAUUGAAGGUCACCGUUCGGAACAUGUUCAAGCACGACUGGAAACUCAGGAGGGUCGGCUUUGGCGGGCUAAAGAAGUUCUCAUGUCUUUCAAGUGUGGCCGAUAUGACAUGCAGAAGACACUGUAUGAUAUGCUGACAGAACUUUACUCCGACUUCCAUCCUGCAAAGUUCGGUUUGCCAGAGAUCAUGCCGGAUCCUGACGAGGAGGAGGAGAAUCAUGCUAAUGACUUGUCCCUUCAGCACCUGGGUAUCCCUGAUGACCUGGAGGGUGCCGUUCAUGGCUUUGAUUUCGAGAAUAUCCUAAAUGGUGUUCCCGAGAACAUGCCUGAUCCUUAGGUCGUAGAUAUGGAUCUCUUAUCUUAUCGUCUUUUGUUCUCGUUUUGCUCAAAACUCUACUUUACAUUCCAGACUUAUAUUUUUUAUUCUCACAUUUAGUCAUAAGUUUUUCUCUUUACGUAACCCUGUAUCCGUG